CGAUUGACACAACAGACAUGACAGCAGCGAUUGACACAACAGACAUGACAGCAGCGAUUACACAGCAGACAUGACAGCAGUGACCGACACAGCAGACAUGACAGCAGUGACCAACACAGCAGACGUGACAGCAGUGACCAACACAAAAGACAUGACAGUCGUGGCCGAUGCAGCAGACUUGACAGCAGUGACCGACACAACAGACAUGACGGUCAUGACCGACACAACAGACAUGACAGCAGUGACCGACGCAGCAGGCAUGACAGUCAUGACCGACACAACAGACAUGACAGUCGUGACCGACAUGACAGCAGUGACCGACGCAGCAGGCAUGACAGUCAUGACCGACACAACAGACAUGACAGUCGUGACCGACAUGACAGCAGUGACCGACGCAGCAGACAUGACAGUCGUGACCGACACAACAGACAUGACAACAGUGACCAACGCAGCAGACAUGACAGUCGUGACCGACACAACAGACAUGACAGUCGUGACCGACACAACAGACAUGACAACAGUGACCAACGCAGCAGGCAUGACAGUCGUGACCGACACAACAGACAUGACAACAGUGACCAACGCAGCAGGCAUGACAGUCGUGACCGACACAACAGACAUGACAACAGUGACCGACGCAGCAGGCAUGACAGUCGUGACCGACGCAGCAGGCAUGACAGUCGUGACCGACGCAGCAGGCAUGACAGUCGUGACCGACGCAGCAGACAUGACAGUCGUGACCGACGCAGCAGACAUGACAGUCGUGACCGACGCAGCAGACAUGACAGUCGUGACCGACGCAGCAGGCAUGACAGUCGUGACCGACGCAGCAGACAUGACAACAGUGACCGACGCAGCAGGCAUGACAGUCGUGACCGACGCAGCAGACAUGACAACAGUGACCAACGCAGCAGGCAUGACAGUCGUGACCGACGCAGCAGGCAUGACAGUCGUGACCGACACAACAGACAUGACAACAGUGACCAACGCAGCAGGCAUGACAGUCGUGACCGACACAACAGACAUGACAGUCGUGACCGACACAACAGACAUGACAACAGUGACCAACGCAGCAGGCAUGACAGUCGUGACCGACGCAGCAGACAUGACAACAGUGACCAACGCAGCAGGCAUGACAGUCGUGACCGACACAACAGACAUGACAACAGUGACCAACGCAGCAGGCAUGACAGUCGUGACCGACACAACAGACAUGACAACAGUGACCAACGCAGCAGGCAUGACAGUCGUGACCGACGCAGCAGACAUGACAGUCGUGACCGACACAACAGACAUGACAGUCGUGACCGACACAACAGACAUGACAACAGUGACCAACGCAGCAGACAUGACAGUCGUGACCGACGCAGCAGACAUGACAACAGUGACCGACGCAGCAGACAUGACAGUCGUGACCGACGCAGCAGACAUGACAGUCGUGACCGACACAACAGACAUGACAGUCGUGACCGACACAACAGACAUGACAACAGUGACCAACGCAGCAGACAUGACAGUCGUGACCGACGCAGCAGACAUGACAGUCGUGACCGACGCAGCAGACAUGACAGUCGUGACCGACGCAGCAGACAUGACAGUCGUGACCGACACAACAGACAUGACAGUCGUGACCGACACAACAGACAUGACAGUCGUGACCGACACAACAGACAUGACAACAGUGACCAACGCAGCAGACAUGACAGCAGUGACCGACAAGGGAGCGAUUGGAUUCAGAAUCUGUCUAGUGAAGACCUUGAUGAUGUUCAACCCUUGAACCAAGGAGAAAACCGUCAGAGUGGAUUUCCUAUGGAUUGGGCAAAAUUCCAGAGGCGAGUCAUUCAUUUGUUGCUGGAUAUGAGGACCUCUUUGCAUACUCUUACUGGCUCUACACCAAGUGACAAUGAUAUAUCAAUUCAACAGCUGGACUCUAUGGAGGAUGCAGAGGCAUUUGAAAAUGAAUUGUGAACACCCUCUUUUUGCAAAGAAAUGACAGAAAAAUUUGUCCACAUAGGUGGAAUUUCAGUGAAGGAUAUGAUAUCAAAGGUAUUGUGCAGCAUUAUGUCGAAGAAGUUGAUGUGUAAGUACAACAUGUAUGGACAACGGGGCAAAGUAGCUUUUAAAAAUACAAGAUUGUGCAGUGUCAUCACAGACUGUUAUGAAGAAAUUCAGAGAUGUGAGUUUAACAGAAAUACAGAAGAUGAUUGCAACACAAUUGUGUAAUGCCCCAAAAAUGAAGUAAAGUGGAAACUAAAUCAUGUAGGGUAGUGGGCAAAUAGUGAUGCUGGGUCAGGGGAUACCAUAAAAUCAGGUAACUUCAGACAUUUUUUAGGGUUUUGGCCUAUAAAUUCUUGUAGAACUACACUAUUUGAAACCUGUCCUUACUGUGAAAACUGUUCUAUGAUCUGUCCAACAGUUUGGUUAGACUCAGGAAAACUGUUGAUACCCACAUUUUUAUUCCAGGUACGGUGUGCAAAAAAAUGUAGCAACAAGAUGUGUAUUCUCAAAGCAUGAACAGAAAUUUGUAUUAGUAAUUAAGAGCCACACCUGUAAUAUCAAGGCAUACUGUGUAGAACAGUCCUUGAGUUAGGGCUGAGGAGGUAAAACUAAAAUCUGAAAUCUGACUCCUUUAUUUUGAAAUAACUGCCACAAAAUGGUUGUUGAUAAUGAAACUGGCUUUAUAAUGCUACCAAGAACUCAGCUGGAGUCGAAGUCAUGGUAACUUUACUGCCUCCUUCCUGCCUCCUUUCACCCACUAUUGCUGUGACUUGACUGCAGGCCUGCCAUGAAUAACAGCAAAUUGUGAAAAUGAUGAUGUACAGUAUUGUAUUGUGGCUUUUCUUUCUCCUGAUGGAUAUUAAAUUUACAUAGUAUUAUAUUG